AUGGGUAACCGAAGGGGCAGACCAUGCAAGUACUUCACCGAGGAGGCUCGACUCGAGGCAAGAAGGUUAGGAAGGCGACGACAUUACCGCCGAUUACGCAGACGGCGAGAUGAUCCUGAGCCGCUGCAAGACGAGUCAGUAUUGGAGUUCAUCCCAGUGAACUUCGAUGGAGCUACGCCACCACUGUUUGUGAGCGGUCCUCCUGCAGAGCUGUUCGAGGCUGUGCAGCAGGCUCUAUUGAGGAAUGAGAUCGCUGAUAGGAGCGUCUGCGGCCCGAUCGACCUAAAUUUUGUUCCAUACGAACCCAGAUCAAGAAGUAUAUCUCCGCAAAUCCUGCCGUCGAGUCAUACACACACCCAGAAGUACAACUUCGAAAAGCCUACCAUUGAAAAGCCAGCCAUCGAAGAGCCAGCCAUCGAGAGGCUUCGUCAGGAGCUCGCAAAGGAGGAUGUUAUACCCGCUGACUACGAGCUCAACGAUGCCAUCGAUUGUGCCUCGCGAGAAGAUCUUCAGAAGAUCUUGAGACAUCUGUGCACCAAGGGACCCGAAUUCAAGAUCUAUCUCGCCUCCUGCCUACAACCGGUCGAAGCCCAAACACCUCCCGCAAGUCCUAGCACUGCAGAUACAGCCUCAUCCGAAGUCGAGACUUUCAGGCCGAUGACACUACCUCAAUACUCUUCUGUGGCCUACAGGAGUAGAGGCCGUCGGCAUUAUUCCAAUCGAGAUUUUUACGUACUGGUCUAG